AUGAGUUAUCCUACUCAAAAUAAUAAUAAUAACAACAAUCAUAAUAAUCAAGAUAAUUACUUGCAGUCAUCAAUCUCUUUGAAAAUAAAAGAGUCGCCGCAAGAAAGUAAUCCCAUUUUCUUUUUCUCAAAGGAAAAUAAUACUCCAACCAUCGGGAAUGAAAACAUAAAUAGAAAUAAUAAUAAUAAUAAUAAUAAUGAAGAGGAAGACGUCGAUGAUAUACUUCAAAUUAAUAUUUCCAAACAACCGAGAGCAACUUUGGAACAAAGAAUCAUGAUACUAGACCAUUACUAUAAAAAUGGUCAAUCAAAACAUAAAACGGUCAAUUGCUUUAAAGAUAAAGUUUCUAUUUCCAUUUCUACUCUUUCAGAUUGGUUGAAAAGGGAAUCUGAUUUACGAUCAAAAUAUCAGUUUAUGUUGAUACAGAAAAACACAGCGCCAAUCACCAUAAAUAUGUCAAAAAAUAAUAAGGAGGGAAGUGGACUGAUAACUAAUACUACUAAUAAAAUUACAAAAAAGAAAUCAUCAUCAGCAGUAAAUAACAAUCAUAAUAUUAUCAUGGCCGCUUCUACUAACAAUACAAGUAAUAGUAGUACAACGACCACAACUCCAAACAAUAGUAACGAAAAUAAUGACAAACUAACACCCAAAACUCCAAAUAAUAUUAAUGGUCUACUCUCUACUACUGUUAAAAAACCACAUAAAUCUAAAUACGAAGGUAUUAACAAUAUGAUGGACAGAAUGGUUGAGCAUAGGAAAAUUAUGAAUCUUCCUAUAAAUGAAACUGUUUUAAAAGAAUAUUGGGUUGAAUGUGCCAAAAAAUGCGGUAUUACCGAUCCUAAAAGGAGCAAAUCUCCGAGUAAUGGUUGGUUAGAUCACUUUAAAAAUAGACAUAAUUUAAAGGCAAAUUUAUCCCUUGUGGUAAAUAACUGUAAUAAUAAAUCUAAUGAUACACUUGAUAAUCAAGAAAUUAUAACAAGUAAUCGGAAAAACAUUAAUGAUUCUAAUAAACCUUUAGAUAGAUUUGAAAAUAGUUCAACCAAUAAAUUUAGUAAUAAUAGCACUACAAAUUUUUUAAUAUCAGCUACUAAUAAAGAUUUCAGUACAACAUCUUUGGAUAAUUUUUUUUUGAACAGUUCACUAGAUCAUUAUAGUAAUGCUAAUACUAAUACUACUACUACUACUAAUAAUAAUAAUAGUACCAAUAAUAAUAAUAAUAAUAAUACCAAUAAUAAUAAUAAUAAUAAUAAUAAUAAUAGUAAUAAUAAUAGUAAUAGCCACAACAACAAUAAUAAUACAAGAAAAAAUGUCAUAAUAACGGCACCGAUGACCAAAAGCACCAGUGGUAACAGUAAUAGUGCCCCUAACAUCGCAACAUUUAAUAGUUUAAAGCCUGUGUCAAGUCAAUUAUUACCACCCAAAAUAAACGAUUUCAUAUCACACAAGUUUAAUGAUAGAAGUCAUUCAAAUAACAACACUAACUCAUCCAUAUCUAUGUCCCCCACAUAUAUGAAACCGGUAUUCGCAAAUUCUACUCUAUCUACCGUAGACGAUACUAAAAAAGAUGACUCCAAUACACGGAUUAAGAUAAACGAAUUGGAAUUUGAAAAGUUUAUGAAAUGUCACGCCACUGAUUUUCUACAAAAAAAUAGGAAAAAAUAUGAUAAAACAUUGGUACUGUUAAAUGAGCUAAUAAAAGUUUUCGAACUUGAAAAAAAUUUACUAGUUGAUAGAAAUUUAGAGAAAAUAUUUAACAGCGACGAAAAAUAA